CUCAAGGCUCCCUUCUUCAUCUCGUCUGCGACCUAAGCUUGGACGAGUCAACAUCCGUCGCUCGUCUUUACCGGCCGUGGCCAGCGAAGCGUAAACCGCUUGCGUUGCUCGAUUAAUACAUUGGCAACCUCCAGGCAGCGCGCGGCCCGGUUCUCCGCACUCCUGCAGGCCACUUUCUUCCCCGACCGAGCCGAACCCAACUUCAGCCCGGGUAGAGCCAACGUACUCUCGUUUUCCGCCCUCAUCAGUCAUUGGAUUAUCCCACAUACACGCGCUUGCCACGACCGAUCGAGUACUGUCUCAUCGACAGUUCCUCCAUUCGCCAUGACGGGUAGAUCUCGCCGGGGGGUCAAGUUUCCCCACAAUACCAAGCACUCCAACGGCCAUUCCGACGGACGCCGUUCCAGCUUCAGCGAUGUCAGCGAAGAAGGCUCGCCGAGCAAGGCGAAGUCGUCGGGGACCCUAGAUGACAUUAAAGAGAAAUCCCCCACCGCUGAGGAGCAACAGCAGUCCGAGUACGAGAAGAAGAAGGCCAACUUCAUUACACGAACUUUCUGGACUUUCGUCAUGAUAGGGGGCUUCUUUGCCGCCCUCUUUAUGGGCCAUGUCUAUGUUCUCGUCAUUAUCACGGCAGUCCAGAUUGUCUCCUUCAAGGAAGUCAUCGCCAUCGCCAACGUGCCGAGCCGUGCUCGGGAUCUACAAUCGACCAAGAGUUUGAACUGGUACUGGCUUGCGACCACAAUGUACUUCUUGUACGGCGAGAGCGUCGUAUAUUACCUCAAGCACAUUGUACUGGUGGACAAAGUCUUGUUACCUCUGGCCACGCAUCACCGCUUCAUCAGCUUCAUUCUCUAUGUGUUCGGUUUCGUGUUCUUCGUCGGCUCGCUGAAGACUGGACAUCUCAAGUUCCAGUUCUCCCAGUUCGCCUGGACUCACAUGGCCCUGUUCCUCAUCGUCGUCCAGGCCCACUUCAUCAUGAACAACGUGCUGGAGGGCAUGAUCUGGUUCUUCCUUCCGGCGGCCCUCGUCAUUACCAAUGACAUCUUUGCCUACAUCUGCGGCAUUACCUUCGGCCGGACACAGCUCAUCAAGCUGUCCCCCAAAAAGACCGUCGAGGGUUUCGUCGGCGCGUGGAUCAUGACGGUCCUCUUCGGCAUCAUCCUCACCAAUCUCCUGCUCCGCUCCAAGUAUUUCAUUUGCCCGGCGACGAACCUCGGUGCCAACAUUUUCACCGGUCUGAAUUGCGAUCCCAACCCGGUCUUUUUGCCGCGCACCUACUCCACCCCGCAGCUGUUCUUCCUUCCGCCCAAUUACACGAUCAGCAUCACCAUGUCGCCAAUGCAGAUUCACACCUUCUUCUGGGCUAGCUUUGCGUCCCUUAUCGCGCCAUUCGGCGGCUUCUUUGCGUCCGGAUUGAAGCGGACCUUUAAGAUCAAGGACUUUGGCGACUCGAUUCCUGGACACGGAGGCAUGACCGACCGCAUGGAUUGCCAGUUCAUCAUGGGCCUGUUCGCUUUCAUCUACUACCAUACUUUCAUCGCCUUUAAGCGGUCCUCGGUCACCCAUGUAUUGGAGCUUGCCAUCAUGGAAUUGAGUACGGACGAACAGGUUGAGGUAAUCAAGGGUGUCUUGAAGUAUUUGACCAACCAAGGAGUUGUCAAGGCCGAGACACCGGCAUCGUUCGACAAACUCCUAGCUGCCAGCAUGCAACAUUGAGCCUGAAAUGGAUCACUGAGGGGCCGGCUGGUUGUCGGUCUCAAGUCGGAUGGGGCAACCCCCCCCUCCCCCCUGGCGUUUGGUUUGAAGAAGGGCGCUUAUUUGACUGACCCCGGUGUAUUCGCCCCAAGACAUUCUACUCGCCCUUCAUCUAGCAAAUUGUCUUGGAUGGUGGGAAGGACCAUGUAAUAGUACACGGGCACAAUUGGAUCUUCGUUGCAAAUG